AACCUCCCCCGCCCCCCAACCUCCCUCGAAGUGCGCGGGCAGAGACGGAAGGGAGCGCGUGUGUAACCGUCCCUCGGUUCUGUCACUUUGGCUUCGUCGCUGACUUGACUCCUUCCUUCCUUCCUUCCCGUCUCGGCGUCCUCAGCGGCCGUAACGCGCGCGCGAGACUCCGGGAGAGACUCGUCGUGCCCCGCGUCGCGGAGAACGCAGAGGACCGCGGCCCGCCCGCCCUGGAAACGCGAGCGGAAAGAGCAAAGCGGAAAGCGGAAGGCAUCGGCGUUCGCUUUUCCCGGUCGGAACGCAGGUCCGCCGGGCCAGGCUGGGUCAGGCCGGGCCUCCCUCGGGCCUCCGACGUCGCCUGAGCGGAGAUGGACGCGUUCGGCGGCGGCGGCGGCAGUUUGGACGACAGCAUGUCGGGCGUCAGCGCGUCGGACGUCAACGAGCGCCUUUGCGCGCUGGAGCUUCGUGUGCAGCAGCAAGAAGACGAAGUGACGGUGAUGAAAGCGGCGCUGGCCGACGUUCUUCGCCGUUUGGCGUCUUCGGAAGACGUCAAGAAACCGCGGGGAGGAAAAGGUGGAGCCUCUUCCAACUCGUGCAUCAGCAACGGAGCAACACCUGGUCGAAAGAGAGACUCCGCCGCCAUCACCAGGAAGGAAACCGUCUCCUCGGCCGCCAAGAGCGGAGCGGCGGCGGAUCCCAGAAAGGAGGCGCCGGGCGUCCGGAGAUGUCCCUCGGAGGAGCUCCACCGACGGGAGGAAGCCGCCCCCUCCCCCGCGGCCCCCCGCAAUCCCCCGGGUCCGCAGAGAGCCCAGCCUGGCGACGCGGGUAAAAGCCAGGCGGCCCCCAACAGGGCUCCGAGGCGCUCCGCCGGCGUGGAGCGUUCCCAGAGCAGCACCUGGGACACGUCCGAUGACAACCGCAGCAAGUUGGUCAAAGCGGCGUCCACCUCCAAACUGCUUGCCAAAGUGGUGAAAAAUGCUGACAGGCACAAAGAGCCGGCGGUGAGUCAAGCGGCCAAAAUGUCGACUCGGGAGAAAAACAGCCAGGCGGAGGGAAACCACGUCAAGAUGUUCAUGCGGGGGCGCCCCAUCACCAUGUUCGUGCCCUCAAACGUGGAAAACUACGACGACGUCCGCACAGAACUUCCUUCUGAGAAGCUCAAGCUGGAAUGGGUCUACGGCUACCGCGGGCGAGACUGCCGCGCCAACGUGUGCCUGCUUCCCACCGGAGAGAUGGUGUACUUCAUCGCCUCCGUGGUGGUCCUGUUCAACGCGGACGAACGAACCCAGAAGCACUACCUGGGACACACGGACUGCGUCAAGUGUCUGGCCGUUCAUCCCGACGAGAUUCGCAUCGCCACGGGGCAAAUUGCCGGCGUGGACAAAGACGGGCGGGCCGUGGCGCCGCACGUGCGCGUCUGGGACAGCGGCAGCCUGGCCACGCUGCAGAUCGUCGGCUUGGGGACGUUCGAGCGAGGCGUGGGCUCCUUGUCCUUCUCCAAAGCCGACUCGGGCCAGCAUCUGAGCGUGGUGGACGACUCCAACGACCACAUGUUGAGCGUCUGGGACUGGCAGAAGAAGUCCAAGAUGGCCGAGAUCAAGACCACCACCGACGUGGUCCUGGUCGUGGAGUUCCACCCCGCGGACCCCAACACCAUCAUCACCUGCGGAAAGUCUCACAUCUUCUUCUGGGCCUGGAGCGGCACCUCGCUGGCCCGGAAGCAGGGCAUCUUCGGGAAAUACGAGAAGCCCAAGUUCAUCCAGUGCCUGGCCUUCCUGAACAACGGAGACAUUCUGACCGGGGACUCGGGAGGCGUCCUGCUGGUGUGGACCCGGAGUGCCGCUGAGACUUCUGGGAAAGGACCGAGAGCCUUUCAGAUCAGCCGUCAGGUGAAAGGUCACGAGGGCAGCGUGUUCUGCCUGUGCCAGAUGAGAAGCGGCACCCUGCUGAGCGGAGGAGGAAAAGACCGCAAGAUCAUCCUGUGGGACCACCACGUCCGAGCCGAGCGAGACAUCGAGGUCCCGGACCAAUACGGAAGCAUCCGGGCCGUGUGCGAAGGGAAGGGGGUCGAGUUUCUGGUGGGGACGUCACGCAACUUUAUCCUGCGGGGGACCUUCCACGACGGCUUCACGGUGGAAGUGCAGGGUCACACGGACGAGCUGUGGGGCUUGGCGGCGCACCCGUCCAAGGAUUUGUUCCUGACGUGCGCCCAGGACCGUCUGGUGUGCCUGUGGAAUUCCACCGAUCACAAGCUGCGCUGGAGUCGCAGCUUGGAGGAACACGGCCACUGCGCCGACUUCCAUCCCGGCGGGCGAGUGGUGGUCAUUGGAACGCAUUCGGGAAAGUGGUUCGUGCUGGACGCCGAGACCACAGACCUGGUCGCCAUCCACACGGACGGCAACGAGCAGCUGUCUGUCAUGCGCUUCUCUGUAGACGGCGCCCUGCUGGCGGUGGGAUCCCACGACAACUUCAUUUACGUGUACAGCGUGGCCGACCAAGGACGAAAGUACAGUCGAUACGGAAAGUGCUCGGGUCACUCCAGUUACAUCACACACUUGGAUUGGUCGCCUGACAACAACUUCAUCAUGUCCAACUCUGGCGACUACGAGAUUCUCUACUGGGACGUUCCAAACGGCUGCAAAUACAUCCGAAAUCGCUCGGAGUGCAAAGACAUCGACUGGGCCACGUACACGUGCGUGCUGGGAUACCACGUCUUCGGCGUGUGGCCGGAGGGCUCGGACGGGACGGACAUCAACGCCGUGAUCCGCUCGCACAACAGGAAGGUGCUGGCGCUGGCCGACGACUUCUGCAAAGUUCACCUCUUCUCGUACCCGUGCGCCACCGCCAAGGCUCCCAGCCACAAGUACAGCGCUCACAGCAGUCACGUGACCAACGUCAGCUUCCUGUUCGACGACAGUCACCUGAUCUCCACGGGCGGCAAGGACACCAGCAUCCUCCAAUGGCGCUUGGUCGACAAGGGCAAUCCGCCGCCGGACUCUUCGCCCCCGCCUCCCUCCGCGGAGUUAUCCCCGUCCCCUCCCGAGUCCGCUUCGCAAAGUCCCCAAGACGCUUUGGAGGCCGGCGAUGCGGCCGCGCGCGGCGACGACAACCGACAUGCGGCUGACGACGACGAGCCGGUCGCGCCCGAUGCCGAUGCGGCCGCACCUGAUGAUGACGCGGCGGCGCGCGGCGACCGCAACCCAGUUGCCGCCGAUGCGCCCGAUGACGACGAGCCGCUCGCAUCCGACGACGAUGCGGCCGCGCGGCCGCUCACGCCCCCUUCGUAGGCCGCCCGCGAGGCAAAGGUGGGCCAACGUCGGGCGUCAUUUCGAACAUUUUGGAAAUCUCCUCGGGCUUCGCUCGCCGAUCAAAUGCGGCCGACUCCGGCGGCGCCGUGUGCCGGUCCAGCGGGACUGCGUCGCGUUUUUAAGGUUUGCGGUUCCAAAGUCUCUGGCGCCCUUCCGUGUGGAGUUUUCAUGUAGUUGGCAUUAGGUGAGCAUGUUGUUCUCGCGCUUCCACAUUCCAAAAACCUUUGCGGCUGUCGGGCCCGCUCGACACGAAAACAUUCUUUCAACCUUCCGAGAUUGUUUCUCUGACGCGGCACGCGCGCCGAGACAGAAAAAAUGAACCAUGUUUGGUGCCGCUCGAUGUGGUGCGCUCUGUUCGCGUCGGCGCGGAACAGCACGCGCUUGAAGAUUGUGUUUCAGCACCAACCUCGUCCUUUGAGGCCAAAAUGACGCGCGUGUGUGCGAUCUCUCAAAAAAAAAAACCAAGAAGGCAACCUCCCAGAUAUGCAUCCUUGCUCCACGGGGGUUUCCCAAGGAAUUGCGGACGAUGGAAAAGUUGGAAAGAAAAGACUUCAUCUGGAAAAUACUUGCAGCCAUCUCGGGAGCCCACUUUUAUGCCCCCCCCCCCCCAAAAAA